AGGGCUCCAAUCAGGCGCGGCGGAGGGGGAAGGGCGCUGGGGACUCAGCCACAGCUCGGGACGCUGGAAGAUUCGAAUCGAACGUUCGGACAAGUGGAGAAGCCGCGGCGGCCAAUCAGCGGGCUCGGAACGCGGGGAAUGGAACGUUGAGACACCUCCAGCCUUCCCCCCUGCUUCUCCUGCAUGCUCCUCCCCUAGCUGCUGUUGUUUGUGGUGCUCGAGGAGCCGGAGGGGCUGGGGGACAACAACAUCCGCUCCCUCGGUGCCGAUCCAAGCCGGGGGAAGGCUAAGAGGCGGCUCGAUCCAGCGCAGGGCAGCGGGGGAGCCUCGGGGAAGGAGAAGCAAGGAUUCUUUGUGGAUCUCGCCCCCCCUCCUUUACACACACGCACCAUCGCUGCCGCCGUGUGUGCCCCCCCCUCCCUCCCACCAUCCUUGUUGUGGUUCCGUGUCUCUCGCCAUGUCCGUGAAUAUGGAGGAGCUGAGGCACCAGGUCAUGAUCAACCAGUUCGUGGUGGCCGCGGGCUGCGCGGCGGAUCAGGCGAAGCAGCUGCUGCAAGCGGCACAUUGGCAGUUCGAGACUGCUUUGAGCGCAUUUUUUCAAGAAACUAACAUUCCCAACAGCCAUCACCACCAUCAGAUGAUGUGCACACCUAGCAAUACUCCAGCCACUCCACCGAACUUCCCGGAUGCUCUUGCUAUGUUUUCCAAGCUGCGGACCUCAGAGAAUCUACAGAGUAGCAACAGCCCAAUCACAUCCAUGGCCUGCUCCCCACCAGGGAACUUCAGCCCUUUCUGGGCCUCCUCUCCACCCAACCACCAACCUGCCUGGAUACCACCUUCAUCUCCAACCAGCCACAACCUCCACCAUCACCUCCACCACCAGCAACCCAUGUGGCCACCAGUGUCUCAGCAAGGAGGAUCCCAGCAGAAAGCGAUGGCUGCAAUGGAUGGGCAGAGAUAAGACUCACUGAACAUCAAGAUGGGGUGCAGGGGUAGGGGCUGGGUGGGGGAGGAGAAAGAAGAGAUCAGGCCAGGGCGGCAGGGUAGGGGGAGCAGAGGGGUUUCCUGAAAAAUGGCACUGGAAUAUUUUAUAGUUCUCUUUUUUUUUUUUUGUAACCCUGCAGGGAUGGUCACCAGCCCAUGCGGCUCUCUCACCCAGAGAGUCAAUAACUGGUCUUUUUUUCUUCCCCCCACCCUUUUUUAAUAUAUAACUAUAAUAUAUAAAUAUAUCUAAUGUAUAUAAAUCCAGAGAGAAUAAGAGCAAUGGAGAGAUUGGCCAAGAAUCAGUAGGGAGUGACACCCUCUCCCCUCCUAGUAGUCAGUGGGGUAAUGAUAGUGCUUGGGAGAAGAGGACCUUGCUGGACUGCUAGGUGCUCCUUCAGGUAGGGUGGAGGGGGUUCAGACUGCCUUUGUGCCCCCUUUUCCCCCCUCCCCUGGCUGCCGUAUGGUUCCUCACCCAUCAGGGAGGACCUCUGGCAGGCGGGAUAUGGUGUUGACCAUUGGAAAAUUGGAUGCAAUGGAUCUGAGCUUGUGGCUUGGCUGAUGUGGGCCUUUCCAGUAGAGGGUGGUGGCAGUGUGGGAGAAAGAUGCACCUGGUGGAGCCUGGCUGCUACGGGAAAGGGAUGCAACAUGCUGCUUGAACCCAAGGCUGCUCCUGUGUUGCAAUGGUACCUGUGAGCGGGAAACGAGACGUGAUGGGCUUGAUUGUCUCCAGAGCAUGUACGUUGUCCCUCCAGGAACGUCUGGUAUAGAUGCCUCUUUGCACUCUCCUGUCCCUUCACUAAUCUUCUCUGGCUCAUGUUGGGCUACUUUUUGGCAGUCGCCGCUGCACCCUGGGAACAUGCAUCUGCUUCCAGAGUUGGAGAGGAGGCAGAUGCUCUCCUGAGCACAGCUUGACUGAGAUGUUCUAGGUAGACCAGUCCACUACAGGCCAACAAAGUUAGGGGAGAGAGUUUCUGGUUUUCCUGGACACUUUUGCUCCUUGGCCUCUCUUGAAGUUCAUCCAAGCCUGCUACAUGCCCCCUUUCACCCCCCAGCCCCAAACUGUCUUGGGAUUCCAUCCAGCUUCUCCAGGCCCAUCACCCCCAGGAAGAAGUCCCUCCUUCCUCCCCUUUGGAAAUGUUUUGGCUUCUCCAUUCUCCAGCACAGACCCCAUUCCUUACAAAAGACAAUGUUCAAGUAUGGAGCCAUGAGCUGGAAGGGGUGCUGUGUAUAAGGAACACCCCAUUGCUCCCUGAUAUAGAUCUGGAGAGCUAAGUGCUCCUUUCAGCCAAGGAGCAGAGAGGGGCUGGGUUGUUUUCGUUUUGUUUUUUUAAGUUUUCAAAUCAGAAUCUUGCUUAAAAACACCAGGUUGAAAGUUUUUUAUUAAUUUAAAAAUUAAAAAAAAAUAUCACUUUUUUUUAA